UACAUACUGUAUGUAGCUGAGAAUCAACUGUGCUCUUUACAUCCAUGCAGCUUCCAUAUUAAUAAUCUGGAUCACAAAACCUUCUGCUUGAGUUCCUGCAACACUCACCAGGCAUGGAUGAAUAACUGCAUGCACUUGGCCAGGAAAAGAAGUGCUUCUCUAGAUGAAGACAGCAAAAGGAUGCAUAUGCAGUCGCUGAUAAUCCUGCCUCGGCACCGAAGUGGGAGUCGUCCAAGCGAGGUGGAGGCAACUAUAAGCCCCCCUGGGAGAGACGUCACCAGGCAGGGACGCAUCAUCGACCAGUCUCCGCGAACGCGCGCCCACACUCAACCGCCGAGGACGUCAGGAUCGCUUUCUUGUUCUUCCCCCUCCCUAAAUGCGAGAUGCUUGGCCAAAUACAAUUAAAUCGAGCAAAGCCGAGCGAGUGCGCGCGCCUUGUCAGAGAGGAAGCGUUCACCUGCUCCUGCAUCCAAGCGGGAUAAAACAAGUGGGAAGGUCAUUUAAAGUGAAGGAAGGGAGGAGAAAGGCUGCGUGGAGCUGCAGCUGGAGUGCAGCAUGCUUGUGGAGGAAGAGGGCACCGAGAACUGGCAACAUCUACCGUAAAUUUGUGAUAGCCAACGCGAGGGUGGAAAACUGUGCAAUCAUAUACUGCAACGACGGCUUUUGUGAAAUGACGGGCUUCUCCAGGCCGGACAUCAUGCAAAAGCCCUGCACCUGCGAGUUCCUCCAUGGCGACCACACGGAUCAGGAGGCCAUCGGCCAGGUGUCCCUGGCUCUGCAGGGCUCCGAAGAGCGCAAGGUGGAGAUCACGUACUACCGCAAGGACGGGUCAGACUUCCAGUGUAACAUUCAUAUCAUCCCGGUGAAGAAUGAGGAAGGUGUGGUGAUGAUGUUCAUCCUGAAUUUUGAUUACGUUUUGGAUGAUGGGAGCGACAACUCCACAGAGAAGAUAAGCCCCGCAUCGCCUACAAAGUCUGAUCAAAGGGGUCGAUUUUUCCGCUUCCGCCAGGCUGCCUUGAGCCUCAUGAAUACCAACAAGCAAUCUCUUCCACAAGAGGACCCAGAUGCUGUGAUGGUGGACCCACCUAAAGACAAUGAGGACUCAGUAGCUCUGCAAAGUUUCCCCUCACCCACAAAAAGCAUCUGUAGUCCCAUCGAGGCCAAUGACACCCACGCCCUCAUCAGCUCAAGCCACCACUCCUCGCAAACCAGCAUGGCUGCAGAGCCACUUGACCAUUCAUCUCCUAAACUCCUGUGGGAUAAGCUGUACCAGACGGAUGUGCACCAGUCCUCGAGCUCCCUGUCCAAUACCUUCCCAAGAGGAAGCGUGACGAGCAUAAGACGGGCGUCGUCUGUCCAUGAGAUUGAGGGUUACAGUUCCAGUUCCAAAAGCAUAUUCAGGGAUCGUCAUACAAAUGAAGGCCCAUUUAAUCACGUUAAGUCCAGCCUUCUGGGCUCCACGUCAGAUUCCAACAUCAACAAGUACAGCACCAUCAACAAGAUCCCACUCAUUGCGCUCACCUUCUCGGAAGGGAACGACAAGAAGACUCACUCCCCUCCAACAUCAGAAAAAACCAUCAUCGCACCUAAGGUCAAAGACAGAACACACAACGUCACAGAAAAAGUGACACAGGUGUUGUCACUCGGAGCCGACGUUCUGCCAGAGUACAAGCUUCAGACGAACCGCAUCGACAAGUUCACCAUUCUGCAUUACAGCCCAUUCAAAGCAGUGUGGGACUGGCUAAUCUUACUGCUGGUCAUCUAUACGGCCAUCCUCACGCCUUACUCUGCCGCCUUUCUUCUCAACGACCAAGAGGAACAGAGGAGGCGUGAAUGCGGAUACUCCUGCAGCCCUCUUAAUGUAGUGGACCUCAUCGUUGACAUCAUGUUCAUCAUCGACAUUCUCAUCAACUUCAGGACCACGUAUGUGAACCAGAACGAGGAGGUGGUCAGCCAUGCGGCCAAGAUAGCGAUCCAUUACUUUAAAGGCUGGUUCCUAAUAGACAUGGUGGCGGCCAUUCCCUUUGACCUGCUUAUCUUCGGCUCAGGAUCGGAUGAGACAACCACUCUAAUUGGUCUGCUGAAGACAGCAAGGCUUCUUCGCCUGGUACGAGUAGCCAGGAAGCUCGACCGCUACUCUGAGUAUGGAGCUGCCGUACUGAUGCUGUUAAUGUGCAUCUUUGCCCUCAUCGCCCACUGGCUUGCUUGUAUAUGGUACGCCAUCGGCAAUGUGGAAAAGCCUUACUUGGAGCAUAAAAUUGGCUGGCUGGACAAUCUCGGAGUGUCCAUAGGAAAGAAAUACAACUACAGCGAUCCCAGCUCUGGUCCCUCCAUCAAGGACAAGUAUGUCACUGCGCUUUACUUCACCUUCAGCAGUCUAACCAGUGUGGGAUUUGGCAAUGUUUCUCCAAACACGAACUCGGAGAAGAUCUUUUCUAUUUGUGUCAUGCUGAUCGGCUCACUCAUGUACGCCAGCAUCUUUGGAAACGUCUCAGCCAUCAUCCAAAGGUUGUACUCUGGUACGGCACGCUACCACGCGCAAAUGUUACGGGUCAAAGAGUUCAUCCGUUUUCAUCAGAUACCCAAUCCACUCAGGCAGAGGCUGGAGGAGUACUUCCAGCACUCCUGGGCCUACACCAACGGGAUUGACAUGAACACGGUGCUCAAAGGUUUUCCAGAGUGCCUGCAGGCAGAUAUCUGUCUUCACCUAAACAAUAAUCUUCUUCACAACUGCAAAGUGUUCCAAGGAGCCACCAAAGGCUGCCUGAGGGCCUUGGCAAUGCACUUCAAGACCACUCAUGCCCCUCCUGGAGACACUCUGGUCCACAGCGGCGACGUACUCACUGCCCUCUACUUCCUAUCCCGGGGGUCUAUUGAAAUCCUGAAAGAUGACAUUGUGGUUGCUAUCCUGGGUAAAAAUGACAUAUUUGGUGAAAUGAUCCAUCUGUUUGCCAAACCUGGAAAGUCCAAUGCUGACGUGCGGGCCUUGAGUUACUGUGACCUGAGCACCAUCCAGCGUGAGGAUCUUUUGGAGGUGUUGGACAUGUAUCCAGAGUUCGCCGACUACUUCUUUGCCAACCUGGAGCUGACCUUCAAUCUCAGAGAUGAGUCUGUGAAGCCUCCCAGUCCUGAGGGCUGUGACUCUGAUGGUGAAGGUACCAGGAGUAUUAAAAGAAGGAUUUCUUUCACACCAGAGCCACCUAAACUGGAAAACAAUGAAGUCAGUACAGAACUGGAAAGGGAGAGAGAGUCAAACCUGUGCCUAAAGAGAUGUUCCGAAGUCCGGGGUCCCUCGACACCUAGCAGCCCUGUUCUUGACUCUAAUCUUCUCGGACACAACGAGGUCACAGACGGCUUGAGGAGAAGUCCAUCUUUUCAAGAUCUGUGCUGUGAUAAAUGGGUGUGCAAGAAGCCUCGAGACUACCUGGAUGAGUCAGCACAGUUCCACGAGCUGAGAGGGGAAGAUAAUUCGGCCAGCGAACUUACCUACGGAGAGGUGGAACAGCGCUUAAAUCAGCUCCAAGAGCAUUUAAACAGGUUGGAGUCUCAGCUAAUGUCCGACAUUCAGACCAUCCUACAGCUGCUGCAGAGACAGCCCACGUUGGGCCCUCCAGCUUACAGCACUGUGACUGCCAGUCCAGACUAUCAUGGACCUGCUGUGAAGAUUCAGCCCGCUGCAUUGACGACGGGCCAUUUUUUCAGCCAUACUCAAAGUCAAGGUCCAAACCACAAAGUAAAGAGGGCCUUCCGGGAAUCAAAAGACUCUGUGCCGAGAUUGGCCAGCCUGACGGUGCCGGUCGAGGAUAACCUUUCAACAUUGCUUUUAAAAAGACAAAGAGAAUCACAACAACAGCAGCAGCAACAACAAGAGAUUACAAGGGAUCAACAAUCAACACUGAUCCUUAUUCCAACAUCCUCUUCCUCUUCACCUCCUUCGGAUUGCAUCCUUAAUGCCAGUGGACUCCACAGACCUGACUCGGACCAGGAGUUACCGAGGCCAUAAACCUUCAGCAUUUGUCCUCUAACCUCUGGGUUGUACUGCUGUAAUUACAUAGUAGUCACUUUUUAUCAGCAUGCUGCAACAGACAAAUAUAUAUUCAUGAUUUGCAGUUGCUUGGUAGUAUAUUUAAUGUGUUUUUCCCAUGCAUUUGAAUGAAAUACUGUUCUUGCAGUGCAAAAGUACCGCUGUCAUCUGUAUGUAGUAUUUCCAAUGUCAAUGCAGUUGAAGAGUGCAAACCACCACCAACGCCACUAUAAACCACCAACAGCCAUUCAGGUAUAUGCAAUACCUCACACAUACAUUACUGUAUGUCUGAGCAUAUGUACAAAAAAAAAGAAAUAUGCCUGUUCUUACCAUAAUGGCCCAAAUAAAUCAUAUUGCUUGAAAAAUUGGGAAGUUAGUCGGAUAGAAUUGAAAUGCGAUAGUUAAGAGGACAUAUUCACCAGCAGUCGCCUCCAAGCUGUUCUCAUGAGAAUUUAGUAGGAUUUUGUACACAAAAAAAUGCGCUUUUAAGUAGAAUAUAAAAAUAAACUCUAUGUUGAAAAGUAUUAUAAGCUGUUUUGAAAAGAGCAGAAAUAUGAAAAGUAGCAAGUUGUCUUGAGAGCAAAAUUUUAGCCAUUUUCAGGGAAAUUAUAUACAGUAUAAUGGUUAUACAAAGUCUACAGAGUUUUUCAAAUGCUAGUUUCUUGUGGUGUGACAACAACCUGAUUAGUAAAUGUGGUCUAUGGAGUAGGGUGGAAGGAUGAAAGCCUUAUAUACAGUAUCAAAGAAAAAAAAAGACAGUGAAAUCUCCCAAACACGUACUGUAUAGGAAAAAGUGUUUUUGAUAUGUAUACUUAAAAAAUAAAAUAAAAUGAAGGCAUUGGACACUGCUGACUGAAUAGAAAUGAUCAAAAUCAUAUAAUGUUAAAGAGUCUAUUCCAAAAGAAAUCUAUUCAUUGAUUUAACAUUUCUGCACUAACGGUAUUGGCCAAACAUAACAUAGUGCUUCAUUUCAUUGUACUAUUUCCAACCAAAUCCUCACUUUUUAGUGGCAAACCAGAUGAAGGGAUGGAUCUGACCUUAUCAAUAUGCUGUUCACCCAGACACAAGAUGAGCAAAUGAAAUCCAACUAUCCUGCAGGUCCAGGAUGUUUUUUUUCUUCACAUAUUUAGCGUGUAACACGAGACCCAAAUGUUUGCAUGCUAAACUACGAGUCACAAAGAAAGGAGGGGAAAAAAGUUACAUUUUUGUUCAGACAUAUUUGGAUGAAAUCAAGCCAGAAUUACUGGGCUAAAGCCAUCCAAAUAUUUUUGCAUGUAUUUGCGUAAUGCAGCAUUAAAAUUGAGGUAUGAUAACUGUUUCUGUAUCCUUGGCUGUAUGCCUGUCUUCUCUGAAGUGUGACUCAGGGGUUAUGGACAAUUGCACUGCAGUUUACAGUAUCCAGAAUACUGUAAUUGUCCUCUUUAUACAAAUGUGCAUUAUAACUUAGGUCACUGGUGUGCACCUACUGUACAUGACACUAACAUUUAUAGACGAAAGCAUGUUUUUUUUAAAUCUGUAUAGUCAUUGUUUUUGCACCAUUUGCUAGCCCAAAGUAGCAUAUAUUAUAAUGAUGUCAAUAUACUUGUCUCUUUUAGAAGGUUAGCUUUUGCACAUGAACAGCCCCUAAAUAGGGUCUCGUGCCUACAACCGCAAAUACAAAUGCUACAUCAGAUUAUUGUUAACAUAUCAACAAGUUCUUUCAUCUCCCAGCACAUUUUUGGUGGCAUUGUACAUUGACAUAUUGCUAGAGACAAAAAAAUGAAUUCAUCAUAUUGCCAGAUGUUUAAAAAAAUAUAUCUAUUUUUUUUACUGCUACGUAAGUUAUUUUAGAAAGUAGUAUAUUUGUUUUGAAACUGUCGGAUCGGCAAUAAAAG